AUGGACAUUCCACCAUUUCCCAUAUUAGCAAUACUCUAUACAGUGAUAGCAUCAUUGGUGUUCAAUUUACAUCUAUGCAAUGGUAUCUAUUUUCCAUUGGUACACCAGAAGCACAAAUACUACUCUAAACAUGAUGAAAUCUAUGCAAAAGUUAAUACCUUAACUUCCAUAGCAAGCACACUUUCCUUUGAUUACUACAGCCUUCCUUGCUGCAAACCAAAAGAAGAAAUCAUUCAAAGUCGAGAAGAGAAUUUGGGAAUGCUUCUUAUGGGAAAAAGAAUCCGUAAUUCUCCUUACCGGUUCCGAAUGAAUACUAGUGAAUCACUUUACUUGUGUACUUGGCAUCCAUUGAGCAAAGAAGAAGCAAACAUGUUGGUGCAGAUGAGCCAUGAUUUAUAUCAAACCAAUAUGAUUCUUGAUGGCCUCCCUGUUCUAAGGAUUAUUGGUGUUGGAGAUGUCCAAAUUAAGUUUAUGGGAUUCCCAUUGGGCUACUACUCUACUCUGGAUUUCAAUUACUACAUUGUAAAUCAUCUCAAGUUUAGAAUCUUAAUCCAUUCUAUUGAUGUUGAUGGAGCCUUGAAAAUGGAAGUAGUUGGAUUUGAAGUGGUUCCUUGCAGCAUCAAGCAUGAUCACCGAGCCAUUUCUCAACUGCAAAUGCAUGAUAGAAUCAACCAUAGUAUCUGUGAAUCACCAGAGCAUGAGCCCCAGGUGAUCCUUGAGAAUGAGACAGUGUCUUUCACUUACCAAGUUGAAUUUGUGGAGAAGAAUGAGUUGAGAUGGAGCUCAAGAUGGGAUGCAUAUUUGCAGGAUGAACCAGAGCAACUCAGGUGGUUUUCGAUCCUGAAUUCUUUGCUGACAAUCAGUCUUUUAGCUGGAUUCCUUCUCUUCAAAUUUUCCAGGACAUUGUGGAAAGAGCUGUCAAGAGGUCUGCCACUAAUGUCUCAGGGUGUCACAAGGUGGUGGCAUAAAGAGCCAAGUUGUUAUUCCAUUCUCUUUUGUGUCAUGGUUGCAAAUGGAAUUCAGCUUUCUUGUACUGCUGCCGCAACAAUAAUGUUCACCCUUAUCGGUUUGGUAUCACCGAUAUCACAAGGAGAUUUCUUGAUCACUGCCUCUAUUGUUUUUUACUUCUUUUCUGGGAUUCCUGCAGGGUAUGUCAGUGUUUGGUUAUGGAGAAGAUUCAAGGGAAGAGAAAAUUGUGAAGGAUGGAGAUCAGUGACAUGGUCUACAUCUUAUCUGUUCAAUGCUAUAAUUUUCACCAUUUUUGUCACCAUGAACAUGAUCCAUGUAGCAAAUGGAAGCACAAGAGCAGUACCUGCAUCUGUAUAUUGGACUCUUCUUUCACUCUGGCUCUUCAUUUCACUUCCAUGUACCUUCAUCGGAGGAUUCAUUGCAGCCUCAAUACCAUCAUCAUCAUCAUCAUCAUCAGUAUCUAGUGAUCUUUACAGUAAUAUCAUUCAGAACAACAACCAUGCCAGAUCAAUCAAGACAUGGCUCACUGUUCUAAUGGCUGGACUUAUUCCUUUUAGCACAAUAUUCAUAGAAUUGUUCUUCUUUCUGUCAAGUAUUUGGCUGGAAAGACGUUUCAAUGAUUACGGUUUGUUAUUACUGAUGGCACUGCUAAUGCUCGCAAUUGCCUGCAGUGCAGUAUCUGCAGGCAUUGCUUACAGAUGUGUUUGCACUGAGGAUUGGGGAUGGUGCUGGACAUCCUUUUUCGCAUCAGGUUCGACAGGACUCUAUGUAUUUAUCUAUUCAGUGUAUUAUCUUGCCAUUGAUCUGAGGUGGUUGAAUGGACCAGCAUCAACAAGUAUCUAUAUUGGUUAUUCACUCAUACUGGCUCUCUGUGUCAUGCUAUCUACUGGUGCUAUUGGUUCCCUUGCUGCCUUCUCCUUUCUUCAGUAUCUCUCCACCUAUGCUAAGUUCUAG